AUGUCCAAAAGCCAUCGCACGAAUUUCGAUUUUCCUUCACUACCGUCCAGAGAAUUGUGCCUAUACAUCAUUGUCGUCGUCGUUUGUGUUAUUUAUUCGUACCAUCAGACGUACAUCUACAGUAGCACGUACGACUGGAAACAUGGCAACCAGAAGUUCGUUAUUGACCAUUUGUGGUUUUUUGGAGAGAAAAUCAAAGACUCAUCCGAUGUUCGUUGGAUGCAGUGGAAAAUUCUAAUGGCAAAAAUGAUUCCAUAUUUAAUAAUUCAUUCGUUGUUGUUUAACCUUGGCCAACUGGUUUUGCCUGACACUGCGUGGUCAGCGUUAAUGCUUGCUUACUGGAUGACAGCAACUGUUCUGACGUUUGGAAGUACUAUUACUGUGCAAGUAAUCGUAAUCGGAAUCCUUCUGUAUGCGAUUGCCUCACUUACCAGAAAGAAAUGGCCGGUGUGGAUGGCAGUUGCAGGUAUCCUGCUUAUAACCGCAGGAGACAUUUUUGCAUUAGAACUUUACUCUGAUUGGUUUACACAACUAGCGUUGGUUCUCUACAAGCUGAUACAGUACAUAACGUUCUGUGUUGACACUAUUGACUCAAAGACAAUCGACAAGAAAUCGUUUCUCAGAGGAUUAUAUGAUAUGUUUUUCUAUGCUUUCUACUUUCCUUAUCAGAUAUCUCUUAUAGUUCCCUUUCAUCAGUUCCGAGACAGCUUCGACAGCCGAAAUGUAAGAAAGACGCAGACCGCAGAAAUCUGUAUUCUUGGGAUGCGUCUUUUGUUCUGGUAUACGAUAAUUGAGACAGCAUUUCAUUUCUUCUACUUCAGUGCCAUGGUCACAGACUUGAAACAACUAGAGAAGUUGCCUACUUCAAUUCUGUGCUGUAUGGGCAGCAUCGUCGCUCAAUUCUUCCACAUGGAGUAUAUGCUCAUCUUUGGUCUGCCAGGGCUAUUUGCGCGGCUAGACAAACUAGAACCUCCAGCCCUACCAAUUUGCAUCAGCCGAUGUAUGUCCUACAAACAAACAUGGCGGAGCUUCGAUCGAGGAAUGUAUAAGUUUUUUAAGUGCUACGUUGUCUUGCCAUUUUGCCAGCCGUCAUUUUCCGCAGGCAGGCGUCUGGUGAGUUUGAUCAUGUGUUGCCUUUUUGCCCUAACUCGCCAUCGCUUUCAGCGCAACUGCAUAGCUUGGAUGAUGCUGAAUGUUGUCGGGAUGAUUGUCGAGCACAUCCUCGAUUCACUCUUCGCAAAUGUCGUUGUCCAGCAGUGGAGACGAAACCUAGUCACCGGACGAACGGUUCGACGCCUCAGGGCCAUCCUCUCCCUGAUCCCUUUCAUUUUCAAAGUAUACGCUCACUUUUACUUUCUCACUUCAUUCGAAGCUGGCAACAUCUUCUUCCAAAAGUUGUUCUUAUUCGAAACCCUGCAUUUUAAGCCUCUGGCCAUUGUUCUACUAAUAUGCGGCUACUGCUUCUCAAACGUGGUCAUCGAGUUGGAAAGGCGCAACUAUUCAAAAGGGAUUGUACCCCAAAAAAGUGCAGUGAAAUAA